AUGGUAACCCUGGGGUUUCAGGCCUCUGCUCCUUUGGUGCUGGUGGAGACCACCCGGGCCCCACUCAGGCAUUUCUCCCACGUACUGGCCCCUUCAGGCCCCAAGCUCAAAGGGACCAGGGAGGCCGAGGAAAUCUACAUGAACGAGAAGGCAAAGAUGCAGGCAGCAACCUUCAAAGACAAGAAAAAGGGGAUCCAAGCCAAAAACAAAGGUACAGAUGACCCUGAAUAUGAGAAUAUCAACUUGACCUUCAGAAACCAGGACCAACCAAAGAGUGGCCAUUCAUCAUUCCAGAGUCAGGUUCCAGCCCAAUCCAGCCCACCUUCAGGACCUGCCCAGGUCCCACAAUGGAUGUACCGAGCCAUUAUGAGUCUAUACAUUCUCCUCGCCUUGACCUUCAUCUUCUUCAUCAUUCUCUCAGCCGUACUCCUGGUGAAGAAUUCUGAGAUGUCGCAGGAGUUGAAAGACUUGAAAACGGAACUGCAGAACGCGACAAGCUUGAUGCUUGAGAACGAGAGACUUUCUCAGCAUAAACUCAGACAGACAGUUACCAGCAACAUCCAGACUUUGAGCCCUAAACUGGACAGACUGCAAGCAGCUGUGAGCAACAAUAUCAAGGAGAACGUUUCAAAGUUGGACAGCAGAUUGGGCACGAUUUUGGCGGAGCUGGCAAAGAAGCCAAAUACACGUGAGUUUGGAUUGGAGGAGAAGGGUGAACGAAGCCUCUGA